AUUGGAUUACAAAUAUAAAAAUAGUUGCUCGCGCAAUGUAUAACAAGUUUUAUGAUGCGAUAAAAUGUUAGUGUUUUUAUAUUAAAAUGAAAGUGUGCGCUUGUGUUCUGCUGUUCACAAUAAUUGCUAACGUAGGCAAAAGUACUGCUGAGGGGUUGCCCUUAAAUGAAAGAGCUGUCCAUUUGGCUCUAGAAACCGUUCUAGAAUUUAACGACAAAGACAAGGCUUCAGAUCUAAAGUUUCUAGACAAAGUAAAGAAUCUAAUAAAUAAAGUUAAAACUGUAAUUGAUAAGACAGGUAGCUACAGAAGGGAUUUUAAAGAUGGCGACAUUGAAACGCUAACAGAAUUCAUUCAACAAGCUGUUGCUUUACUAAACGCUUAUGACGACGCGACGUUCGGAGACUUUUUCAAAACCUUAGACGAUGAAAUAAGAAAAUAUCAUUAUAGGGGAUGUAAAUUCCAUGAAUUGAUGGAGAAUUAUGAGAUUAGGUCGUUGUUGAGAUAUGCUUUUGAUCUGAUUAGUGGGAAGCCGGUCCAAGUGAUAAAGGCUUAUAUGAACGUGCUAGCUGAUACGCUUAAAGAUGAGAGUUAUGAUGAUAAUGUCAAAGAAAUUGUAGAUUAUAUCAACUCCUUAUAUGGGGCGAAAGCUAAAGAUAAAUUAACAAAGGUUUUACAAGAGAUAGAGGACUAUGGUAAAGCUACACCGAAGAAAAAACAUGCUGCAUCUAGAAUUCUUAAAGAAGGUAUUCGGUCGAUUAUAUUCGAUCAUUAUACGGCAUUGAACCCAAAUGCUAGACGAGAAUUAAAGUCCAAAAUAGAAUUGUACUUAAAGAAAAGCAAAACAUCUUCACCUAAACUAAUUCACAACAACAAUAGACCAGAAACUGUAUCGAAAAAACCUCACACUACAAUAAAGAAAGAACCUCUAAAAUCACCUGAAAAGAAAUUAGAAAGAAUCGAUAUCAAUCAAAAGGACAUUAAAAAGAUCGCAAAGAACGAUAAAAAGUUAAUGCGACAUCGCAAAGAAAAGAAAGAUCAUUCGAAAUUCCCCGACAUACCCCUACAUACAGGAAAACCAGUAAAAGAAGGUAAAGAAAAUAAAAAAGACAAACCACGAGCCCAAUCAGAAGAUAAAGACUUAACAUCAAUAUCCUCCAGCUCAGAAGAUGACGAUGAAUCAUCAAGUGACGUAGGUAUAAACUCCAUAGAAAAAUCUCAAGAAAGACAGAAAGCUUAUAACACAAUGAGAUACGUAACGCUAUACCCAGAAACAAUAACCCAAAUACCACGAAACAGUAGCAAAGAUGUGAACUUCAUUAACCGAUCAGUCAGAGCUACUACACCAUUCAGACAAAGAGUUCUAACCAUGUGGGUAGAAGAAACAACAGGGGGUAUACCUCAACACAUACUAAAUAAAUACAAAGCUACAACAUUGAAACCGCAUAAAAGGCACAAGAAGCACGAAAAGAGACACAAGAAGAAACACUCGAAAGGCAAGAAGACUCAUCAUAAGAAACAUAAAAGUCACUACACUACAAAACAAUUGAUGAAAUACACAAGACGUUCCACUUACAAGCCGUACCGUUAUACGACAAAGCAUAGGAGUAAAUUGAGUUAUGAUAGAAUUAAAUACGCUAACGGUAAACCCCAACAGCAAAUACCGGAACAUUAUGAGGUCCCUACUCUAGAUAAACAAAACAAACCUGUGAACAUAUUUGGACCUGUUAGAUUGGAUGUUAAUCAAAACCUACUAAUAAACAAAAUAACAGCACGAACGACUUUGCCAGUAACUCGGCACCCGAUGUUGCGGACGACGCCUUCUACACAUAAACCUAUGGCUUUGAGAAACAAAAUAGAAAGCAAGCAUAUGAAGAGAUAUCCCUUGCCGUCCAACUCCACAAAUACGCCAGGCAUAGCAUUGCUAAUGCCUGUUUCUAUAGCUGCCAUUGGUAAAAGAUACAAAAUGCUAAACGGCCCACAAAAACUGGAUAUGCGAAAAAACGCAGACAACCCACAUUCAGAUGAAGGCUUAACCAUAGAACAUUUUGACAAAAGAAAGCGAUCAGGCGCGAGUCAGGAAGACCCGUUCGUGAUACAACGUUUACAUCAACUAGAGAGAGAGUUAAAAGAAGUGAAGAACAGCAUCAAUACUGCUACGAAGAGGAGUAAGAAAAGAGAUUUUGAUAACAGUAGGGAGAAGAAAGAGAAACAUGGAGAAAAAGAUACAGACAGCUACGAUAUAAGAAGCGAAGAGUCUGGUAAAAGAAAUCACCAUUAUAAAACUACGAAAUUAACAGCAAUACGUUAUAAUGCUAAUAAUGAACAGUUUACUCAUGCAAGCACUGUUAAGAAACCAGAAUAUCAAAUCGAAUAUAAAAUUGUUAAAGAAAAAGGCUCAGAUUUUAAAGAAAUCAUACCUGAUCAAAGAGUGAGAGCUAAUGAUGAACCAACACCAUUUGAAAAUAAAGAUAGGGAUAUAAGACACCCAAGCGAUGAAAGACAGGCCAAGUCACAUAACAAAACAUUACUAAUUGAUGUUUCAACAAGAUUAUACCCAAUUACGUCAACAACAGAUACAAUUACUGCAAAACCUACUGACGAACACACAACAACAACUCCACAUUUCACAGGCAAAGCUUUAAGAGAUGUUACCGCAACAAAUAAUCCAAAAACUACCAAAAAUUACAACGAUCAUACUAAAACUACUACAAAAACUACCACAGUAGCUUUUAGUAGUAGUGUUGCCACUGCGAAUACGUAUAAAACUACCAAUGUUGAGUUGGAUGGUGCUAGGGAUGGUAAAACUGUCUCUGAGAAUCAAGUAAUAGUAAAACAUGAUGUAAAAGCUACUACUAAGAUACAUAAUGAGGAGAGUACUGUUAAUCACGCUACGUCUCAUGGUAAAGAUGCAAUAGUUUUGUUUAAAGGUUUAGUUGAGAAGUCUGGUAAAAAUGUUGCUGAGAACGAAGUUUAG